AUGACUUCCACACACCGUCUCCCUGAGAAUCAAUCAGCUAUCGUACAGGAUGCCAACGGUCAGCUGCAACUGCUACACGAUGCAGUUGUCCCCGAACUGAGGCCGCACACGGUUCUCGUUAAGGUUGCAGCGGUCGCAUUGAACCCUUACGAUUACAAGCUUCCUCUCUAUUUCCCUUUUCCAGGAACCACCGGCGGCAGCGACUUUGUAGGCACUGUCGUAGGAAUAGGUGCACAGGCAGCUAGAGAUCGACCGGAUCUUUCAUUAGGCGACUUAGUCAGUGGCUGUGUGUACGGAUGGCAUCCCGAAACACCAGAAAAUGGCUCUUUUGCGCAGUACGUGCGAGCAGAUGCUCAGCUGGUUUUUAGGGUGGGGUCUUACAAGCUCGAGGAUGCGGCUACCUUCAAUGCGGCAUUCGCUACCUUGUGCCUGGCCCUUUGGCAUUCCGAAGGUCUUGAGUUAGCUCACUCUCCAGCCCACCCGCUGCGCAACGCAUCCUCACAAUCGUCAUAUGUAUUUGUAUACGGAGGAAGCACUGCUACAGGUACCAUGGCACUGCAACUGCUUAAAUUGUCCGGUUACUCUACCAUAGCCUCAUGCUCUCCUAGGUCGUUCGAUUUGGUCAGAUCCUACGGAGCCGACCAUGUCUUUGACUACUUGAAUCCCGAAACUUCGUCAGCAAUUCGCAAGCUGACCGAAGGGGCACUGAGCCUCGUGCUCGACUGCAUCUCAGAUCACCACUCUAUUGCUGUAUGUCAUGGAUCUAUUGGUCGACCGGGUGGGCGGCUAGUUGUUCUCGAAGUGCCACCUGAGCCACGGCCAGGAGAAAAGAGACGUAAAGCAGUUAAGCAGUUCUUCGUAGACGGUCACGAGGUCUUUGGUGUUGGCGUGCCCAUAGACAGUCCCGGCUAUAGAAGGCUUCCCAGCCCAGAAAAGCAUGAAUUCGCUACCAAAAAGGCACUCGAGUUUCAGGAGCUAAUCGAUGGAAGCAAACUACAUGCUCACCCGGUAGACAUUAUUGACGGAGGUUUAGAAAAAAUCCCGUCAGCUCUGCAAAUGUUGAAAGCGGGUGUUUCAGGAAAGAAAUUGGUUCUACGUAUAUCUUAA